AUGCUCUUCAAUGAGAACGACGACACCAUAUAUGCCUUGUCAUCGGGUGCGGGAAAGGCGGGCAUAGCCGUUAUCCGCAUUUCUGGCCCAGGUUCUUUAAGCGUUUACAAAGCACUAUGCCCAACGAAACCUCCACCGAAACCCAGAUAUGCUGGUGUGAGGACGUUGCUUGACCCAGCUUCUGCCAAUCUGCCCAAUGGCAAUAUCCUGGACUCGGAUUCCCUCAUUCUCUACUUCCCUGGGCCCAAGACCGUGACUGGCGAAGAUGUGCUUGAAUUGCACGUCCAUGGAGGCUCUGCUACGAUCAAGGCUGUGCUUGCGGCGAUUCCAAAGUGCUCGACCACGGGCAAAGUUCGAUAUGCUGAACCAGGCGAAUUCACGAGACGUGCAUUCCUGAAUGGGAGGCUCGAUCUUGCACAGGUGGAGUCACUGGGCGACACUCUUGACGCCGUGACAGAACAGCAACGACGCGUGGCCGUGCAGGGCAACUCGGGUGUUUUGGGCAAAACAUACGAACGCUGGCGAGAGGAACUUUUGCUGGCUCGGGGUGAGAUCGAGGCACUCAUUGACUUCUCAGAAGAUCAGCACUUUGACGAAUCCCCGACCGAGCUGCUUACCAAUGUCAGACGGCUAGUGGAGGGCAUCUUGCAUUCAAUCAACAUGCACAAGCUUGGCAGCCAAAAGAGUGAGCUUCUACGGAACGGUAUCCGGAUAGCUCUGUUGGGACCGCCCAAUGCCGGGAAGAGCUCUUUGAUGAACCAGAUUGUUGGACGGGAAGCUUCCAUUGUUUCCUCGGAAGCGGGAACUACCCGCGACGUUAUCGAGGCGAAUCUUGAUAUUCGGGGAUAUCUCUGUUCGUUUGCUGACACAGCUGGCAUACGAACCGAGUCGACCAGGUCGAUUGCUAAUCUUGACGGGGACUCGAGCCCAGUCAUCGGCGCUAUCGAGCAGGAGGGCAUCCGCAGAGCACGUCAGAAGGCAAUGGAUUCGGACAUUGUCAUCGUCUUGGCCUCCGUGGAAGCAGUAAAAGGAGGCGGUCACCAGAUAAGCUAUGACGUGGAGACGCUGAAAUUAGCAGCUGCAGCUCAGCAGUGCUUGGUUGCGGUGAACAAGAGUGAUGUUGUGGAACGAGAAACACUGGAACCGCUGAUCCAAGGUUUUAAAAGUUCGGCUCUUGGGAGCGUUCAGGGUCUCCAAGGUGCCGAGCCGCUCACCAUUUCCUGCAAGGCUGCGGCGACGGCGGCUGCAGGGCUAACGGAUCCAGGUGGUGUUCAUACCCUCACUGAGAGACUGGUCCAAUCAUUCUCAGAGCUCACCUCAUUGCCUGGCGAUGUGCAUCAUUUGCUUGGUGUCACUGAACGACAAAAUCAACUUCUCUUUGAAUGCCAGAUGCAUCUAGAAGGCUUCAUGACGGAGGCACAAGCGUGCGGGGCCGGAAGAGAACCCGACGUUGUACUCGCGGCGGAGCACUUGCGACUUGCCGCCAACCGGCUUGCCUGUAUCACGGGACGCGGCGACUCCGGGGACGUCGAAGAAGUGUUAGGAGUGAUCUUCGAAAAGUAA